UUUUUAAAGUUAUUUUUCUUUUUCCUUCCUUCUCUUCCUUCCACCCUGCUCCUGCUAACUGUUCUGUGAAUUGGCUUGGCCUGGUGGCAACCCCGAUUACUCGGCCUUCCCUGCCUAGCCAGUUCAGUUCCCAUAACGAGGGAAGCCGAAACUUGAAAUAGGCCUAUAUUAUAAAUGUGAGAACGAAAGGGCUCCGCCCAAAACAAAUAAGGCGUUGUAGUUGGAGCUAGCUGCACGCAUGCAUGAGAACGUACCUAUCGUAGAUCUAUCUAUAGAUAUAGAUGUUAUAGAGAACGGCCAACGCGCCUUUUGAACGGGCUGGGAACUGAAAGACAGAAAGGUGGUGCGGUGUGGUGCACGCACAGUGAUGCGUGUGUAAACAGAGAAGAAAGUCGCGCGGUGUGUUCCUUCGGUGGAUCUGUGUUUACAUUUUACGUGAAAUUUUAAUGUUUGCUCGGUGCAUGGAUCGUACUUAAGACCCUACUGCUAUCUUUGAUUUGAUGGACCCUAUUCUGUUAUUCGACUCUCAUGAGCCCUGUCUAGGCUACAUGACAAUGUAAGGAUUGGACAUUUAUUCUCAUUUUUUUAUCAUCGUGAAGGAGUUUUUUAAACUGAUCUUGGUGGUCUUUACGCUGCGAAUGUGUUCUCAAGUUCAUUCUUAGCGAAACAACAAGAUCUCCCCGCGUUUUGAAAACUGUUUUGGAGUUUCGCUUUUCUACAAAGACCUUUCGUGUUCAAAGGAAUUAUCCAGUAUUUUGUAUUCUAUUCUCACUCAUUAUGAUGGAUGGCUUGACAUCAUAGCAGAAAGGGGCUGCCUUUCCUAUCUAAUGGUGAUGGACAGCGGACAGCCAGUAGCCUGCCCUCAUAGUGACUGUGUGUGAAUGACCCCUCUGACCCCUACAGACUGACCCACACACUGACCCACACACUGACCCCCACACGCAGACUGAUAACUACCUCGUGAGUCGGAGACAGACAGAGAAGUCGAGAGAGAGAGAGAGAGAGAGAGACAGAGAGAGAGAGACAGACAGACAGACAGACAGACAGACAGACAGCAAGACCAGACAGCUGCAUCUCCGGACAACUCCCACCAUGACCUUUGACCUCCCCCUGCACCCCGUGUUGGUGUGUGGCUGCCUCCUGCUCUCUCUUCUCUCUGCCACGGUGUCAGCAGAGCCAGUGAGUUUCUGCUUGAUCGACAAAGGACCGGACGAGCUCGGGAAUGUGACCUUGACCUGUCCUCCGGACGAGACCAUUGUGUUUGACGAAGCCUUGUUGGGGACCAGCCAAUGGGGGAGCUGUUUGAUCACCACGGACGACUGCGUGGAGAAGACCAAGAUCUUCGACGAGUGCGACGGGCUCAACAACUGCACGCGCUUGUUCAAAACUUUCUCCUCCAAGUGUGAGCGCACCAGCACAGUCCUCAUCCUCAGUUACAGCUGUGCGCCAUCGUUGGUAGCGAUCGUGAAAACCACGCCACCCGUCUCUGCCAUUGUCACCAGCAGACCUACACUUAGCGGUGUUGAGGACGGGGGAAGUUACGGCAGCGAGGGAGACCCACAGCCGGGGAAUCGGGAUGACGGCUCGGACGACGAAGACAUCGGACUCAUCAUCGGCUGUGCUGUGGCUGCUGUGGUCACAAUCAUCAUGCUCCUCAUCGCCAUCAUCAUGGUGAUUCGGCGACUGUUGCAGUACUACAGCACGGAUAAGCCGGAUGACCAGUCAAAGAUUGUUAUCUGCAUGAACUCUGUGUGUGUCAAGAUGGAUAAGCUCCCUUGCUUUUCCCCCAGUUCGUCUAGUAGCGGCGGGGGUCAAGGUCACAUGAAGACGACAGGCUCAGAGUCGGGCUCGGACACAGAACUCAACAAGCUGUCUUCUGCCGGCCCUCGCGUGGCCCCCGUCGGGGAGGAGUGCAAUCUGUCGGCCGCGGACAGAUCCAGGUUCGAGACCUGUCCUACCGCACCGCCCCUCGAAGAAAGUCGCGACAAUAGACAUCUGACGGCGACGUCAGCGGACGUUGAAGCCCAACGCCACCUCGGUGGUCCGGCGGUAAACGUCAAUGUGGUGGCUAGUGGUUCACAAGUUUCCAAAAAUAAUGCGGCAGAAAGCAAAAAUUGUCCGGACAAGAUGAGUUCGUGGCGGAAGAAAGGCAUAAACAAUGGCUCGUCUUCCUGCGACAGCAAAAACAACAACAACAUUUCUCCUUGCGGACAGGAGGGAAACGUGUCCAAGUUUGUGCCUAAGUACGACGCCGUGGCGAUACCCAACACCGAGUCUGGCACCGGAUGUUGACCGGGUUUUGACCGGAUGUUGAUUGUUCACCGGAUGUUGACUGGAUGUUCACCGGAUGUUCACCAGAUGUUGACCGGAUGUUGACUGGAAUUUCACCAAAUGUUCACCGGAUGUUGACUGGAUGUUCACUGGAUGUUGACUGGGUAUUGACAUGGCACUCAGUGUGUGAUUGUUUGGGGGGGGUGAGGUGGAGGGAUUGGUGUCUGCAUAAUAAUCAAAAGAACUGAUGUUCACGCGCACAAUGAAGUGAAUCCCAGCUUGUAAAUGUACCGGAAUAUGUGAUGAUAAUCAAAUGUUAAUUCUUUGACUCCGAAAGUGAUUUUCAGGAAGUGAUGGGGAAUUAAUUUUUUUCGACAACACGAUUGGACUACUUUCACAACAUGCUUGGACCGAGACAAAGAACGGACAAAAACAGGAAGACGAAGGAGUGCAGCUUCCCUCGGACAAGCUUCCUACAAAGUUUUAUUCAUAUUCAUAACUGUAUAGAUGAGAAACUCUUGUAUACCUGUGUGCAUAUCUCACACAUGCUGCUGGCAGUUGUCGCUCGUCAGUUUGGAAGAAGCUUUUGCCACUGGGAACAGCCGCUGGGGUUUAAUGAGUCAAAGCCCUCGGUUUUUGGUCAGCAUUUACGUUUUCAUAACCCUUACUUAUCGGUCGGUCGCUCAGUCGGUCGGUUGGUUGGUCAGUCGAUUUUUGGUCCAACUGAGGAGCCGGAGCCACUGGUUCCAACUUUGUCAUUUUUGAAACUCUUGGAUGGUCACAGGGUGUGUGUGUCUGUGUGAGCCGCGGGGAAAGAAAGAAGGAAAAAAAACUUUGUAGACAGACUUCAGUGUCAUGCAGGACGUGAACAGAGAUAUUAUAAUUGAUGGAUCUUUCUCGACUAGCGAUCAUUUAUUUUGAAAGUCAUAGAUAGCAUACUGCACUAGCAAUGAUGAACUGUUUGUGGUGGAAAUAAUUCUGUGUGUGAGGAAUUUGGUGGGCGUGGUCGAGUGGCUGGCAUUGUGGACGGAUUACAGCGGAGUCUUCUUAACGGAGACCUGUGGGACUGCCAGACUUUCUAGGUUUAGCCAUGUCUCCAUCUUCUUACAGAUAUUAAAUUACUCAAAUAGUGAAGAAAAAAUCGGGAGGAAAUUGUAUUUUCUUUCUGUUUAACACUGUUUUUGGAUUUUAAGUUUUU